AUGAUAAAAGUAACUGCACGUGAAAUUUUUAAUCAAGUCGACAACAAAUGUCAUACACUCUAUAUAGAAUGGUUUAACUCACACUUUAAAGUAAUGUUAUUAAAAUCAACAGUAUCACCAUUAUAUGGUGAGAUGAGUAUCAAAGAUGUAAAUUACUUUUGUCGUGAAUUAUCUAAGUCAACUGAUGAAUACCUUAAAGAAACGGAAAGAAUACUUUGUCGAGAAGAUAAAGAAAUUAUAUUUUUUAUUCAAGACAAAACUUUGGAAUGGAAAAAGAAUGUAUGGACUCUUGGACGAAUUGAAUUACAUCCUAUCUUAGAUAUUAAAGUAGUUUGUGAAAGUUUCCAACAAUUAUUGAAAUUUUAUCAAAGCAGUCAGGAUAAAUUAAACAUGUUAGAAGAAGAAAAUAAAAAUUUAAUAGAUGUAAAUAAGGAAUUAAGUUUAAAAAUAGAGAAAAUGAUAGAAAUAAAAACUUCUAUGGAACAAAAUCUUUAUAAAAAGUUUAUAAUGAUUUUAAAUUUGAAAAAAAGAAAAGUUGCAGAGUUAGAAGAUGCAAUAAAAGAGAAUCCCAAUACAAAAGAAUCAAUUUUUGAUAUAUAUACAGAUGAAAGCGAAGAGUCAGAAAAAGAAGAACAUGCUGCAAAUAAUGAACGUACAAUAUCUAUCAGAGCUAACAAACGGAAGUCUCUGGGCAAUAAUAGUUCCAAAGGUAUGCGAAAAACUAAAAAGACAGAUUGUAUUAUUAAUAGUAGCACAAUUUGUAACAUAUCUAGUAGCAAAGAUUGUGGGGAGAAUAAGGAAUACACUUUGAACAAUUACAUAGUGGAAGAUAAAAAAAGCACGUAUGAAAAACAAAGUUGCAGUUCUGAAAGCAGAAAGCCAAGAACUAGUUUGAAUCUUAUUGAAGAAGAAUCUGAAGAAGAGUUAUUUUCUCAAUGA